GAUCACAGGUCAACUAUUCCACUCACUUUCAACGUGGAUUAUCGGCGGGAGCGACGUGCCUAACUUGUAAAAAUGACAACCCUCAUGAUGCCGAAGAUCAUGUACGGAACCGCCUGGUAAAUAUGGCGAUUGGCUCAUGAACAAGUGGGGACUGUUGAUUCGCUUCUUCAGGAAGAAGGAGCGGACAACAGAGCUGAUCGUUCAAGCCGUUCUUCAGGGUUUUCGGGGCAUCGACACAGCUUGUCAACCAAAACACUAUCGCGAAGAGCUUGUUGGCGAGGCGCUGCGUAUCCUACAAGAAAGUCACGGGAUAAAGCGCGAAGAAUUGUUCAUUCAAACAAAAUACACUCCGAUUGGUGGGCAAGAUCAGUCUCAGCCUCUUCCUUAUGAUCCCACAACACCCAUCGGCGAACAGGUUCGCACCUCGUUUGCGCUCUCGCAGAAGAACCUUGGAACAGGAUUCAUCGAUUCACUCUUACUCCAUUCACCCUUAGACAGUCCUGAAGCGACUCUAGAAGCAUGGCAAGCGUUGCGUCAACUGCAGCAAGAGGGAAAGGUCGGUCUUAUUGGGAUCAGCAACUGCUACCGAAUUCGUGCACUUCUAGCCCUCGAGCGAGAAGCGCAGGUGAAUGUGGUGCAGAAUCGAUGGUUCGAGGGGAAUGGCUGGGAUAAGGAUGUACUUGACUACUGCAAUGAGAACGACAUCAAAUACCAGUCAUUCUGGACGCUGACCGGUUCACCAUCUUUGCUCCGUCAUCCCCUUCUACAAGACAUUGCUUUGAAGCACCAGUGCACUCCGGCGCAAGCCGUUUAUGCCAUUGCUCAAAGUUUCGGUGUGGUACCACUAGCUGGCAGCACCUCCGAGAAGCAUAUGCUCGAUGGUGUACGUGCCCGAGACUUGCCGAUCGAGCCGGAAGACAGCGAGAUCAUCCGACAGCUCAUAUGGGGUUGACAGCUCUGCAGCAGCGGGGGGCACGCAGUUUCUAGUAGCUAGCUGUAACAUUAUGACCAUGUAUGGUAAUUGCUUCUCGGCACCUGCGGCACCCUGUUUGGCAUGAGGCAAACGCCGCAAACGCCUCGUGCCAACCUCGUUGACAUAUGCAUAGGAUCCGCGCAACCAGCUCAUCCUACCAGCGAUGCUUUCUGCUGAUCAG